AGUGUAAUUAAACGGAAUGUAGGCUAUUACGUUGGCGCUUAGCUUUGAAUCAUGUGGGAAUUAACUCUGCGCAGGGGACGCCGGAUAUUUUGUUGCCUACAACAAGGAAGUAAGCCUUAGAUGAAUAAGUGUUUGUCGUGCACUUUUAAGUGUACGAGUGGGACAAAUCAGACUUUCUGCUAGUUUUUUUGCUAAUGUGCCUGGACAUCGCGAUGAUCGUCUGUUAAUAAAUUAAAUUAGCCGUGCAGUGACAAUAAAAUAAUCUGUAUAAGACCAAGGUGAGGCCCAAGGAGGUGCCUCUGCUCCGCGGGAGACUGUGACACUGCGCUUCUGAGACCCCGCCCUCUCGGCCGGUGGGACUGAGACUGCUCCUGUGAGAGCCCGUGGGAGCGGCAAGACUGAGACUCUGCUCCUGUGAGAGCCUGUGGGAGCAGUGAGACUGAGACUCUGCUCCUGUGAGAGCCUGUGGGAGCAGUGAGACUGAGACUCUGCUCCUGUGAAAGCCUGUGGGAGCAGUGAGACAGACUCUGCUCCUGUGAAAGCGCUCCCUCACAGACAUGUGGUGGUUCCAGCAGGGUCUCUGCGCUCUGCCAGCAGGGCUUGUGGUCUGGUCCACGGCCACCUUCAUCUCCGCGGACAUCACCGCGGUGCUUCUGCGGCACGUGGACCCCCUCGUGCCCUACAUCAGUGACACUGGGACCAUGCCUCCGGAACGCUGUGUGUUUGGCCUCAUGCUCAACAUUUCAUCAUUCUUAGGUGCUCUGACGGUGUACGUGCGGUACAAGCAGGUCCAGGCCCUCGCGGAGCCAGAAGAUUCCAGGCUUCGCCGGCUGAAUGCUGCUGGCCUGGGGCUGGGAUCGCUCAGCUCCUUCGGAAUGUGCAUCGUCGCCAACUUCCAGAAAACGGUCAUUGUUUCCAUGCACAUGGUGGGGGCGGUGGUGACGUUUGGCCUGGGGGCGCUGUACAUCUUCGUCCAGACGGCGGCGUCCCACCGCAUGCAGCCGCGCGUGCACGGGAAGGGCGUGUUCUGGGCGCGCCUGGCGGUGGGCCUCUGGACCUUCGUCAGCAUGCUCAGCAUGCUGGUCUCUUCAGUCAUCAUGUACUCUAGUCUGCCUGGGGUGGAUUUGGCCAAGAAACUGCACUGGAUCCCGGGAGAGACAGGCUACACAGCUCAUCUGAUCAGUACGAUCUCCGAGUGGUCUGUGGCUUUCUCCUUCAUCAGCUUCUUCCUCACCUACAUCCGGGACUUCCAGAAAAUUGACCUGCGAGUGAAGGCCGUGCUGCAGAAUGACCAUCUGUAUGACUCCACCCACAGCAGCGUGCGCGUGCACCAUACUGAGGCUUCCCCGCUAUUGGCUGGGAGCAUUUGAACACAGCUCCCCCUGCUGGCUGCCGUCACACUCACAGCUGUGCACACACACACACACACGCACCUACGCACACACAUACAUUCAGAAACACACACGCUCAGAUUCAUAAACACUCGCUUGUGCAUUCAGGUACACACAUACAUUAUAAACAUGCAUGCAGGUAUUCAUAGACUCACAUCAGCCGUAUACGCACACUGACAUAAGCACACGUGCUCACAAUUGGAAACGCUCAUACACACACACACACACACACACACAAACAUGCAGACACACGUGCACGCACACUCAGAAACACACAUGCACAUGCACAUGCGCACACACACACACACACACACACACACUUCACUGGGGGGGAUUUGGCUUUAGAUAUGUGCAGGUUCACAGUGUGAGACUGGCAGCUAAUGGCCACGUUGCCUUUUGCUGUGAAUGCAGCCGAAACGACAUAUUGGACACUGAGCAGGUAGAUGGAGUGUGGAUCAGUUUUAUCUGAAUCCCUCUAUUAACUCUGAACACAGUGAUAUUCAGCAAUCAGCUGAAAGUGCCAGUGUAAAAUGGUUGGUAAUUUGCCUUAGUAAAGAGCUGCUGGUACUGGUUCUUCAUUGGUUGGCUCGACUAAGACCACCUGGCCUGUCCAAUCAGUGAGUCCGGUUUCCCGAGUACAGGCUUUCAGCUCCACCCCAGUCUUUCUGGAGGGAACAGGGUUGUUUUGCACAUCAGGACAUGUCCAGCGCUACCUGUGACAUAGUCAGCUGACCCCUCUGACCCACAGAGAGAACACAAACCAAAAUGCAUUAAAGUGUGUGUGUGUGUGUAUGUGCAUUUGUGUGUGAACGUAUGUCUGUGGGUGUGUGCAUGUGCGUGCGUGUGUGUGUUUAGGCUGUGGUUGGCUGGCAGUACACUUACAGUGUUCUGGUAAGUUCUGUGAGAGCAGACAGUGUUUUGUUGAGCUGCCCUCCUCAGUAUUGCUUAACUGCACUGGGCCUACUUCAGUCAGUCACAUACACACAUCACGGGGCUGAGAACCACUGGUUUACUGGGCCUGCGUCAGUCAGUCACAUACACACAUCACAGGGCUGAGAACCACUGGUUUACUGGGCCUG